AAUUUGACUACUUCUUCACCUAACUAUUCUUAGAUUAUCUCUAAAGAGAAGAACUACCACAAAGCUAUCGAUAUGGAUCUCGUUCAGAAGUAUGGCCACCUCAAGCACGAUCGACGCCGGAGCUCUCUGCAGCAGCAACUCGCGGAAGAGGAACGCCACCGGAAUCAGAUGGCUAUCAACUCACUGUUAGGGAGCUUUGGCGGUUCAGCAAACGAUCAUCCAGACAGACGAUCCAGUGGUGCGGGGAAUAUGGCGAGCAUGAUUGAGGAGUUCAAUAAGCGGAAAUCAGUGUCCCCGGAUACCAAUAUCGAACAAAAGGAGUGAUGGAACUAUCUAUGCUGUUGGGUGAUGGAGCGGGGCGGCUAUGGUUAACGGAGUAAUGAGGCUUACGACUGUCAUUCGUUGAAAACACACAUUAUAUGGAGUUGGAUAAAUCCAAGAAUUCUAUGACUACUACUAUUAUUAUUACAA